AUGGUCAAUGUUCUCCUCCUCGGUGCUACAGGCUACAUUGGAAAAGAGCUCUGCCACUCGCUCGUCCGUGGUGGUGACCAUCGUGUCUACGGACUCGCACGAACCGCAGAAAAAGCAAAAGAUCUCGCAAAAGAGGAAGUGAUUCCAGUCAUCGGUUCCGCCUCAGACACCCAAGAACUGCUGAAUUCCAUCGAGAAAUACCGCAUCGAUGUCAUUGUUGAUUUGAUGGGUGCAGAGCUCAACACUACGAGACCUCUUAUCUCGGAGAUCAAGAGAAUCGGAGCUGCGAGACUUGAAGCUGCCUCAAAAUCCGAUCUCAGGAUUCCGAAGCUAGGUUUUAUUUACUGCUCUGGAACCUGGGUGCAUGGGAGCUCGAAUGAACCUGUUAGCGAUCUCACGCCAGUCGCAGCUUCAAACUCGCCUACUCCCCCUGCUAACUGACUUCCUGGCGAACCAUUGUGGAAAAAGAAGUACUUGCUUGUUCAGAUGUACUGGAUGUCAUGAUUGUCAGACCGGCUUCGGUAUAUGGAAGAUCUCAUCCGAUCUGGGGUAUUUUCUUUGGACCAAUCCACGCUGCAUCACAAGGAUCCAGUUCGGUGGAGCUUGCCGCUGAUCCAGAGAGUCGUCCAGGACUGGUACAUGUCGACGAUGUCGCUUCUGGUUUUCAUGCCGCUAUCGAGAAGCUCCCUUUGAUAUCCGGAACUGGAGUUUAUCCGGUAAUCGAUCUAGUGAGCAGCCAGGAAAGCAUGAAAGAUAUCUUGAACUUUGUGGCGAGAACGAUGGGGUUCAGUGGAAAAGUUGAGUUGGUUGGUGCAGGUGAUGAUUUGUUCGCGAAAGCUAUGUCUACAAGCAUGAAUAACCACUCGGCCAGAGCAAAGCAGAUCCUAGGUUGGGACCCGAGGAAGACUAGUUUUGUGCAGGGAAUGGACAUUUAUGAAAAGGGAUUUGUGGCGGCGACAGUAUGUGGAGGGGGGAGUUGA